AUAUUUCAUCCUACCUUUCAGAAAUAUGAGAGUAAUCGAGUUCCGCAUAGUGAUUCCUUUAUCUGUCGAACAAUAUGAGAUCGGUAUGCUUUACUCAGUGUCAGAGACCAGCAAGCAGGAGACAGGUGGAGGAGAAGGUGUCCAGAUCCUUGAGAAUUAUACCUAUGACACAGAAGGAGCUGAUGGGCAGUACACUUACAAGAUAUACCAUUUCUUUAAUAAGUUACCAGCCUGGGUAAGGAUACUAGCCCCUGCCAGUGCCACCAGUAGGGUUCAUGAGGAAGCAUGGAAUACAUAUCCGUACUGCAGAACUAGUGUCUCAAACCCAGAGUUUAUGAAGGAUUCAUUCUUCAUCUACAUUGAGAGUUUACAUGUAGCAGGACGGACUCCUCUGGAGAAUGCACUCAAGGCUGACCAAGAAACACUAGCCAAGAGAGAGGUGGUCUAUAUUGAUAUGGAAGAAGAUGAACAAUUUCAAGCCAGCUGUGCAAACUCAUCGGGAGGUACUAUUCCUGCAGACUGGAAGAAAAACCCUGAUUCUCCUGUAAUGACAGUGUACAAGCUUGUAAAAAUCAAAUUUCAAUGGGUUGGAGUUCAACAGAGAACAGAAGAUAUGAUCUUCAAGAACCAGAAAAGGGCACUUCAAAUGUUCCAUAGAAAGUUGCUCGCCUGGAUGGAUAGAUGGAUCGACCUGAAUAAAGAUGAUAUUCGACGUAUUGAAGAGGAGACAAAGGAGCAUCUGGACCGAGAGCGAACUGUUGGUGAAAUAAAAGGAGAGAUGAUCCAAGAGGAGGAUUAGAUAAUCAAUAAUUAAACUUUAAGUUGUACGGCAGUUCAGCCCAUCAUACUGCCUGUACUGUAGGACACAUUAGAAUAUGUACAUUAUUCAUUCUUGUACAAUUUUACAAGAUUGUACAUAUGCAUUUCAAUUUGCUUCUAAAAUAUCGCCGUGAAACAAUUUAAGUAUAUGACUUAUGAACUAAUUAAACGAUCAGCAAUUUUUUUAGUAUGAUACCGAUCUCACGUCAGUAAUUAAUACUAAACACAAAAUGCAUGAUCAAUGUUUGAGAAUUUAUCAAUGUUUUUAAAAUUCAAGUAAGAAUGUUACCAUUGGGUACUUUAUUUUUAAAAACUUUUAACUUUAUUUUUUAUUAUAAUUUUUUAAUAUUGUGUAAAAUUCUCAUUUUUUUCGGGUUCAACGAUGCUUUUUUUUCUGAAACUCGAAUUCAAUUUAGAAUUUACAAAUUUGUGUGUACUGCUUAAUCCUUAGUUAGUUUUAUCUAUGAUCUUAUUCGACACUUUUUUUCUCUGAAGGUGGGUGUUAAUUUUUAAGGUGAAAUGAACAAUAUUGCUCAAAUUAUUCACUGUUUCCUAAACUCUCAUUCGUACGUAUUUAUGUACAAAUGUACUUUACGUGUACAGUGUGAUGGUGUACAUUGUACACAGUACACACAGAAAUGUACUUCUGAAACAGGUUUUAAAAAUUAUUAUGUUUUGUCAGUACUUUAUUUUUCAAAAUCAUGGAGUGAAGCGUUUUUUUCCUACAGAAUUUUUCCACAGAAAUAAAGGAUUUUAAGCAUU